UCCCGCCUUCCCCAAACUGUCGCCGAGUCCAGUCAAGCUCGAGGAGAUCUCCCUCCAGACCCUGCGCCAGAGCCAGAGCCUGAGGAGGGUGCAGGUGAAGAAGGAGUCUCGGAGUCCGAGUCUGAGGAUUCUGUUGGGUCCGCCUCGCCGACAGCGCUCGCCCCCGCGUCAGCAGUCCCUGACGUACGUGACACCACCGCCGAACUUCCUUCGGCGCCUUCACCGCCAACUCCGCCGAGAGGCCGCUCGAGCACUCGCUCCUCUCGAAGUUCGACCAGCGGAAGGCCACCACAGCCGCCUCCGCCCCCGCAGCGUCCUCCGUCCCCCCCGACGCCGAUAAUGUCCUCCCCUGCAGCUGCCCCCAACAAGGAGACCCUGAAGCUCCUCCUCCCCCUCCGCUAUGACGGCAAAACCGUCAUCGAAUGCGACAGGUUCUUGUCGCAACUUUGUAUCUACUGGUUGAUCAACACGUCGUUGACGACCAUUGAGCUUAAGGUACAAGUUGCGCUAAGCCUGCUCGAUGGCGACGCCCGUGCCUGGGUCACGCCUUACUUCGCCCAACUCGCGUCGGUACAGAUGGGUGCUCGCUUCGGAAAUCUCGACGACGCGGCAGCAGCACAAGUGGAGCUGGCGAAGCUCUGCGCGGACAAGUCGGUCCGCGAGAAACGCACCGCUGCGGAGUUCUCUGCGCUGUUCAAGGGUCCGGCGGACCGCUCUGGGUAUGGGGACCUGGAGCUACGCGACAAGUACCUGAGCGGCAUCCCCUCCCGCGUCUAUCGAAAGAUCGAGCUCGAGACCUUCACUACGUGGCGAGCCGCUGAAAAGCGAGCCACUGAGGUCGAGCAGAUCCUCGACAUCAGCCAGGCCCAGCGGCCCAAAUUGAACAACUUCUUCUCGGCCCGAGGACAAGGUCGCGGUGGGGCACGUGGUGGAGACUUCCCCGGCACAUGCUUUGGCUGCGGGAAGCAAGGGUACCGACGUUUCGAGUGCCCUAACUGUAAGGAUAAACCUUACACAAAACGCGCUGACGCGCCGGCUACGGUUGCCUCGGGUUCCACCCAGGCGGCGACAAGCGCCCCUGUCGCUUCAUCCUCGGCGAGUACAAGCACCACUUCAGUGAAAUCGGAAAGUUCCGAGCUGGCGGACUUAAUAGCACAGAUGAAGUCGAUGCGCGAGGAGCUCGAGCACUAUCGGGCAAUGAAGGAGGAGUCUUUUUGA